AUGGCGCUAGAAGCUCUUCCAGCAGAGCUCAGGAUUCACAUCUUGAAGUCUAUGCCAGAUGUUGAAACCCUCCACGAUCUUAUCCGAGUUUCCGCGGCAUACCGGAUCACCUACCGUUUCUCCCAAAGAAGCAUUCUCGAUCGCCUGGUACGAGAACACUAUGGCGCAGUUGGGCUGGAAGAACCUAUUAUGGCCAUUCAAUCUGCCGGCCUCCAUGCCGAGGAAUCAGCCAACAAACAGAGAAUCAUCGAGGUUCUCGAUCGCCAGCGCAUCUCCGAUUCAGUCCCCAGCAAGCUGAACCCCUCCGAUAGUAUCGACCUUCUUCACCUUCAUCAAACGUUCCAGACGCUAUUAGACUCCCUUUCCUCGCAUGCGGGACUUUCGGGCCAAACCGAACCCCUUCCACGGCAGCAAACCGCUCCCUUGCGACUCUCACCGACGGAAAAGGCACGGAUAUUGCGAGCGCUGUGUCGGUUACAAACGUACUGCAACGUCUUUGGCGCACGAGAAUGGACAGAGCCGGCCGAUGACCUCUGCAACCCGUCAAUUCCCAAACGGACGUCUUCCACCUGGUACAAAAACUUCACAAUCCACGAGAUGUGGCGGCUUUGUUUCGGCUCGAUGGCUCCGUGGGAGGUGGAGGAGUUUGGAUCAGUUUGGGUUCUCGUGCGGAACGAAUACAAGCGCAUGUUCGACGAGAUUCAGCAGGAGUUUCCUCGGACAGAUAGUCGGUGGAGGUCGCUGAGACCAGCUUCAUUACCGGCUGAUCCGUGUGAGCUGUACCCCAGUUCUUCUGACGAUACAAAUGAUUAUAGCAUCUACUUGAACCAUCUCGUCCUCUUGGGUCCUACCUUCCUACAUAAGGUCCUCUCCCAGAACACGCGGGAAGAUCGCUGGCGAUUGUUGGCAUGCAAUGCGAUAUCCUCCAAAUCCUCAUUCAUGGACACAGUACGGGUCGUCCGGAAUCCCUCGCCUCAAGUGUGGUCUGUAGAAAGAUGUACGAAUGAUGACACUCUGCAAGGGUUGCGGACGAUGCCGGCCAUCGACCAGCCCAAUCCUGGUUGGAAGCAGCACUGGCACGGUCAGGAUGUGGCCGAUUUUGAGAGCUUCACUCCCAGAUCGACAGUUGGCACGUCUGGAGAUACUCAAUUACGGACAUUCGGGCACUGCGCCGGCUGGGAAUGGGGUUAUGCACUAUGGGACGCUGCGAGGUGA